AUUGGUUGAAUCUUUUGACAGGUGACAUUUAUUGUUUACUAUGUUAGGAAGAUUGAAAAAUGGAUAAAGAUGAAUGCGAAUUAAAAUUAGAGAAAACUGAAUCAUAUUGGCAACAGACUAUAGCUAGGAUCAAGACUGAAAUAACAGAGGAGGAAUCAAGGGAUCCAGAUGAAAAUGAAAUAUCCAAGGAGUAUAUUUCCAAUGCAGCACACUCUGAUUCCUAUACAUGGGUUACAAAAAACCUUCCGCAGGACAAUUUCGACGCAGAUUUUAGACCCAAAAGAGAGAAUUCCGAGUGUUGUGUAGAACAAGAUGCUACCGCAUUAGACCUGAUCAAGAUCGAGAUCCCUAUCAAAGAUGAAAAUAUGUUGGAUGCUCCCGAAUACUUUUCAACAGAAACGGAUCUUCCUGAGUGUGACAUUCGCCAAGUAGAAGUAAAGAAUGAAAUAGAGGCAUCUGAUGAAGAAGGCAGCUUCAAUUCGCAAUUGCUUCUGCAGAAUAAUGAUGGAGAUGAAUUGAAGAGAGAUUCUGACAAAGGAAGACUGCAGGACAAUACAGAAGAACGACCUUAUCAGUGUGAAGUGUGUUUGAAAUCUUUUACCAAAAUUAAUAAUCUGAAACUACAUUCCAGGCUUCACUCAGGGGAAAAAAUGUAUCAGUGCACCUUCUGCCCAAAAUCUUUCACGCAAAGCAGUACUCUGAUGAGGCAUUUGAAGAUUCAUACAAGGGAAAAUCCAUUCGAAUGUAAAUUAUGUUCGAAAACUUACACUUCUGAAUCUGGUUUUAGGGAGCAUGAGAAAACACACGAAAGAGGAAAACCUUAUCAGUGCAAUAUCUGCUCUAAAUCUUUCUCUCAACGGUGUAAUUUGAUGAAUCACGAGAAAAUACACAUUGGGAUCAAACCAUAUAAGUGCAAAUAUUGUUCAAAAUGUUUUACUGAGGAUGGUAGUUUAACAUCACACUUGAGAAUCCAUACAGGGAAAGAUCUGUUUUAUUGCAAAAUCUGCCCCAAAUCUUUCUCAUGUAAAUCUGGCCUUGUGAAACAUGAAAAAAACCAUGCAGGAGAAAAACCUUAUGAAUGCGAAGUCUGUUCAAAAUCUUUUUCUAACCGGCAUGCCUUGUUGGUGCAUUCGCGAAGUCACACUGGAGAGAAACCAUUUCGGUGCGAUGUCUGUGAGAAAUGUUUCUGCAGUAAUUAUUCGUUGUUGGUGCACUCCAGAAUUCACACUGGGGAAAAGCCUUAUCAGUGUGAAAUCUGUUCCAAAUCAUUCAGCAGCAGUUCUGAUUUGGUUGUACAUGCAAGAAUUCAUACAGGAGAAAAACCAUAUCAAUGUGGAGUCUGUCCGAAACAAUUCACUUCUAGUUCGGGUCUUGUAGCGCAUGAGAAAGUUCACGCAACAGAAAAACCCUUCACUUGUGAAGUAUGUCAAAAAUCAUUUAGUCGAAAAGCGGCUUUAAAGAAACAUACUCUGAGGCCAUCCUGUAAGUCACGGGAACUAACCGUUUCGUGAUGAAAAAUUCGUUUCAGAUUUUCAAUUCUUUUCAUAAUUGUGAAGGAUUGAAAUUAUCCCAGCGUAAAGAAUAUAGAUUAAUUUAUUUCUA